GGAAAUUUACUUCUUCAGAUAAACGAGGGUUUUUCUUCUUCGAAGCAACAGAAUAAGCAUCGUCGUCCUCCCUUCUCCUCCUCAUUUAAACGCCUAAUGCCACCGUCGUUUUGCCGGUAACCCUAGCUGUGUCCCUCACUGUCCCUCUUCUCUUCACACUCCUCGACGAAUCUCCGAGCACCGUCACUGGAAAACGCAAUUUUUGCCCAUUUUACUCGUUUCCUGGAAGAAAAACGAUAUCGAAAUUCACUCUCCUGGCUGUUUUUCCUUCAAAUCAAAACAAGAACUGAAUUGAUUUGAAUGCUAGAAGAUGCCAAAUCAGUGAUAAACCUUACACGUAUCGGCUAUGGCUCAGCAACAAUCGUCGCGUCUCAAUCGUUUGCUUACUUUGUUGGACACUGGUUCAACACAAGCAACCAGAUUUACUGCUGCGCGGCAGAUUGGGGAUAUCGCAAAAUCCCAUCCCCACGAUUUGAAUUCUCUCUUGAGAAAGGUUUCCCAAUAUCUUCGUAGUAAAAGCUGGGAUACCAGGGUUGCCGCUGCACAUGCCAUUGGAGCUAUUGCUCAGAAUAUUAAACAUUCUUCAUUGGCCGAAUUGUUGGCUUUUCUUGGGGAAAAGUUGUCAGAAGCCGGGGUACCUCGUACUGUUGAAGACUUGGUGGCAUCACCUGACUUGCAUUCUAAAAUUGCAUCAAGUGUUUCAUUUAGAAGCUUUGAUAUCAACAAGGUGUUGGAGUUUGGUGCUUUGUUGGCCUCCGGUGGACAGGAGUAUGAUAUUGUAAAUGAUAACUCUAAGAAUUCUAAGGAGAGGUUGGCACACCAGAAGCAGAACCUUCGGCGGCGUUUAGGUUUGGAUGUAUGUGAGCGUUUCAUGGAUGUCAGUGAUAUGAUUAGAGAUGAAGAUCUUAUUGUGCAGAAAUCCCAUUCAUAUGGAAAUGGGUUAACCAAUAGUUUUUACACACAACCAUCAAUUCAUAACAUCCAUCAGUUUGUUUCAAGAAUAGUACCCAAUGUUUCUAAACGAAGGCCAAGUGCAAGAGAGUUGAAUCUAUUAAAGCGAAAAGCUAAAAUAAAUUCAAAAGACCAAGCAAAAGGUAGGUCUGAUGAUGGAGAUGUAGAGGUGUCUUGUGCUCAAAGUGCAUCAACUCCAAAGGGAUCAUGCCCCAAUCCAUUAAGUUCCAGUAAGUUUGAUGCCGUAGCUGAAGAAGACAGCUCCGAGCAUGAUGGAGAUGGUCGCUGGCCUCUACGUAGUUUUGUUGAACAACUUAUACUUGAUAUGUUUGAUCCUGUCUGGGAAAUCCGCCAUGGUUGUGUCAUGGCUUUGAGAGAAAUUUUGACUCAUCAUGGUGCCUCUGCUGGAGUAUACUUGCCUGACUUGAACUCAGACAGUUCCCUGCAUAUUGAACUUAAAGAUAUAGAUGAUGCAACUAUCAUCAAGAGAGAGAGAGAAAUUGAUCUGAAUAUGCAAGUUUCUGUGGAUGAGUCAGAGCCAAAGCUGAAGAGGCCAAAGUUUGAAGAUGUAGCAUCCCCUGUGAUGGACAAAAUGGUCCCUUCUGGUGAAAUUAGUGACUUUGGUUUCAAUGUAAAGGUUGAAGAUGAUGCAAGCUGUUUACCCGAAGUCCAUGUUAAUGGUCAACUUGAUCUUAGUUCUGUUAAGAUGGAUACUGAAUCUUUUAAUGAUGGCACGGUGGUCUACCAGUCUAAAGAAGCUGUUGACAUGGUAGAGCCAAAGGAUUUACAGCAAAACCUUCCCGAAAAUUUUGAGCUUAUCAACUUAGUCAAAUUGGCUAGGCAUUCUUGGCUUAAAAAUUGUGAAUUUCUUCAAGAUUGUGCCAUACGUUUUUUGUGUGUACUAUCAUUAGACCGUUUUGGAGAUUAUGUGUCUGACCAAGUUGUUGCUCCUGUGCGAGAAACUUGUGCUCAAGCACUGGGUGCUGCUUUUAAGUAUAUGCAGCCCUCAUUAGUGUAUGAAACAUUGAAUAUCUUGCUGCAGAUGCAGUAUAGGCCAGAAUGGGAAAUUCGUCAUGGAAGCCUUUUAGGUAUCAAGUACUUGGUUGCUGUGCGACAGGAGAUGCUUCCUGAUUUGCUUGGCCAUGUUCUCCCUGCUUGUAAGGCUGGAUUGGAGGACCCUGAUGAUGAUGUGCGGGCCGUUGCUGCUGAUGCUCUGAUACCUGCUGCAGCUUCUAUUGUUGCUUUAAAGGGCCAUUUACUGCACUCUAUUGUUAUGCUACUUUGGGAUAUUCUACUUGAUUUGGAUGAUCUAAGUCCAUCAACUAGCAGUGUUAUGAAUCUUUUGGCAGAAAUCUAUUCCCAAGAAGAGAUGGUCCCUAAGAUGUUUGGGGCAUCAACAUCAAAUGAAAAAGAGAAUUUUGAUUUAAAUGAAGCAGUUCAUGCUGAUGUUGCUGGAGAAGGGAGAGAUUUGCAGGAAAGUCCUUAUAUGUUAUCUAUUUUGGCACCCCGAUUAUGGCCAUUUAUGAGACACAGUAUUACCUCUGUUAGGCAUUCAGCUAUUCGCACUUUGGAGAGGCUUCUUGAAGCUGGCUAUAAAAGGAGCCUUUCUGCACCCUCCAGUGAUUCUUUUUGGCCAUCUUUUAUUCUGGGAGAUACCCUUAGAAUAGUUUUUCAGAAUCUGCUCCUUGAAUCCAAUGAGGAAAUUUUGCAGUGUUCGGAAAGGGUUUGGCGGCUGCUUGUUCAGUGCCCAGUUGAAGACUUGGGUACUGCUGCAGUGUUAUUUAUGUCUUCUUGGAUUGAACUUUCAACUACUCCUUAUGGUUCAACAUUGGAUGCUACAAAAAUGUUUUGGCCAGUUGCCCCUCCUCGAAAGAGUCACUAUAGAGCAGCAGCAAAAAUGAAAGUUGUGAGGCUUGAUAAUGAAUAUUAUGGAAAUAUAGGCAUAGAGUCUGGGAAAAGAGCAAUUGAACAAGAAAAAAAUGGAGAUGCUUCAAGUAAUCCAGUUAAGAUAAUUGUGGGUGCUGAUUUGGAAAUGUCAGUUACUAAUACCAGAGUUGUUACUGCAUCAGCAUUGGGAAUUCUUGCUUCUAAAUUGGAUGAGAAUUCUGUGCUUUGUGUAGUUGAUCCAUUAUGGAAUGCACUUACAUCCUUCUCUGGAGUUCAGCGGCAGGUGGCCUCCAUGAUUCUUAUUUCUUGGUUUAAAGAGAUGAAAAGCAGGGAGCUAUCUGGGAACCUGGGAAUUAUGCCAGCUUUUCCUGAUCACCUCAAGAAGUGGUUGUUAGAUUUGCUAUCAUGCUCUGAUCCUGCCUUCCCCACAAAAGAUUCCUUGCUUCCUUAUGCUGAGCUAUCAAGAACAUAUGCCAAGAUGCGUAAUGAAGCUAGUCAGUUGCUAUGUGCUGUUCAGUCCUCUGGUAAAUCUCCAGAUUUGUUGGAAAGUGUGAAAAUUGAUUUGGAAGGCUUAAGUGUAGAUGAUGCAAUAAGUUUUGCAUCCAAAGUGCCAUCAUUAGAUAAUGAUAGUGCCAAGAAUGAAAGGCAAAUUGUUGAUGAUAUAGAGUCAGCAAAACAACGUCUUAUAACGACUUCAGGCUAUUUAAAAUGUGUUCAGAGUAACUUGCAUGUUACUGUCACAUCCUUAAUUGCUGCUGCUGUUGUUUGGAUGUCAGAGCUUCCUGCUCGACUUAAUCCUAUCAUUUUGCCAUUAAUGGCUUCAAUUAAAAGAGAACAGGAGGAAAUCCUGCAACAGAAGGCUGCUGAGGCACUUGCAGAGCUUAUUUAUCAUUGUAUUGUGCGUAGGCCUAGCCCCAAUGAUAAGUUAGUCAAGAAUAUUUGCAGUCUGACCUGCAUGGAUCCAUCUGAGACACCUCAAGCUGCAGUUAUCAGUUCCAUGGAGAUUAUUGAUGACCAGGAUUUCCUGUCUUCUGGGACUAAUACAGGGAAAAGUAAGUCAAAGGUUCAUGUAAUUGCUGGCAGUGAAGACCGGUCUAGGGUUGAAGGGUUUAUUAGUAGAAGAGGGUCUGAACUUGCAUUAAGGCAUUUGUGUGAGAAGUUUGGUGCUUCCUUGUUUGAUAAACUUCCCAAACUGUGGGAUUGCCUUACUGAAGUUCUUAAGCCAAGCACUGCUGCAGAUGAACAGCAAAUUGUACUAGCUGUUGAAUCUGUUAAAGAUCCUCAGAUCUUGAUUAAUAAUAUUCAGUUAGUACGUUCAAUUGCUCCAAUGCUGGAUGACACAUUAAAACCUAAACUUCUUACACUUCUCCCAUGCAUCUUCAAAUGUGUUCGCCAUUCCCAUGUAGCAGUCAGAUUAGCUGCUUCUCGGUGUAUCACUUCAAUGGCCAAGUCAAUGACAAUUGAUGUAAUGCAAUCAGUAAUUGAAAAUUCCAUUCCUAUGCUUGGGGAUGUGACAUCUGUUAAUGCCAGGCAAGGUGCUGGCAUGCUUAUUAGUUUGCUUGUACAGGGAUUGGGUGUGGAGUUGGUUCCUUAUGCUCCUUUGCUAGUUGUUCCUCUUUUAAGAUGUAUGAGUGAUUGUGACCAUUCCGUCAGGCAGAGUGUAACACGUAGUUUUGCUGCAUUGGUACCACUCCUCCCAUUAGCACGAGGCCUUCCUCCACCUGUUGGACUAAGUGAAGGUUUAUCUAGAAAUGCAGAAGAUGCACAAUUUUUGGAGCAAUUACUUGACAACUCCCACAUUGACGAUUACAAACUUUGCACUGAAUUAAAAGUGACUUUGCGGAGGUAUCAACAAGAGGGUAUAAACUGGUUGGGAUUCUUGAAACGUUUCAAGCUUCAUGGAAUCUUAUGUGAUGACAUGGGGCUUGGCAAGACCCUUCAAGCUUCUGCAAUUGUGGCAUCUGACAUAGCAGAGUCCCGUGCUUCAAAUAACUGUGAUGAUCUUCAUUCGUCUUUAAUUGUUUGCCCAUCAACCCUUGUGGGACACUGGGCCUUUGAGAUAGAAAAAUACAUUGAUGCUUCUCUGAUAUCUACACUUCAAUAUGUGGGUUCUGCUCAGGAGCGCAUGGCUCUACGUGAACUUAUUGAUAAGAAUAAUGUCGUCAUAACAUCAUAUGAUGUGGUUCGUAAGGAUGUUGAUUAUCUUGGACAACUUCUCUGGAACUACUGUAUUUUAGAUGAAGGACAUAUCAUAAAGAACUCAAAGUCUAAAAUAACUCUAGCAGUAAAGCAGCUGAAAGCUCAACACCGUCUAAUACUCAGUGGAACACCAAUCCAGAACAACAUCAUGGAUCUCUGGUCUCUUUUUGACUUUUUGAUGCCAGGGUUUCUUGGAACAGAGAGACAGUUCCAAGCAACUUAUGGCAAACCAUUGCUUGCUGCUAGAGAUCCUAAAUGUUCCGCCAGAGAUGCAGAAGCUGGAGCACUGGCUAUGGAAGCAUUGCACAAGCAGGUCAUGCCCUUUCUACUCCGUCGAACAAAAGAUGAAGUUUUGUCUGACCUUCCAGAGAAAAUUAUUCAGGAUAGAUACUGUGACCUUAGCCCUGUCCAAUUAAAACUUUAUGAACGGUUCUCUGGUUCCCAAGUUAGACAAGAAAUUUCAGGUAUGGUUAAGAUAGACGAGUCAGCAGUUUCAGGAGGAGGAAAUACUGCAUCACCAAAAGCUUCUUCGCAUGUGUUUCAGGCUCUGCAAUACUUGCUAAAACUUUGUAGUCAUCCCUUGCUUGUUGUUGGUGAAAAAAUACCUGAGUCCCAAGCAUCCCAGAUGUCAGAACUCUUCCCCCCAAGUUCGGAUAUCAUUUCUGAACUUCAUAAACUUCACCAUUCUCCUAAGUUAGUGGCUCUUCAGGAGAUUUUGGAAGAGUGCGGAAUAGGUGUAGAUGCAUCUACUUCUGACAGUGAUGCUGCUGUUGGUCAGCACAGGGUUUUGAUAUUUGCUCAACAUAAAGCCUUUCUGGAUAUCAUAGAAAAGGACUUGUUUCAUACCCAAAUGAAGAAUGUCACAUACUUACGGUUGGAUGGAUCAGUUGAACCAGAAAAGCGUUUUGAUAUAGUGAAGACUUUUAAUUCAGAUCCUACAAUAGAUGCCUUGCUUCUUACUACUCAUGUCGGUGGGCUUGGUUUGAACCUGACAUCUGCCGACACCCUCAUUUUUAUGGAACAUGAUUGGAAUCCAAUGCGAGAUCAUCAGGCAAUGGACAGAGCACACAGAUUAGGCCAAAAGAAGGUUGUUCAUGUUCACCGUCUCAUAAUGCGUGGCACCCUGGAAGAAAAAGUUAUGAACCUUCAGAAGUUUAAAGUCUCAAUUGCAAAUGCUGUUAUUAAUGCUGAGAAUGCCAGUCUGAAAACAAUGAAUACAGACCAGUUGCUUGAUCUAUUUGCAUCAGCGGAAACUUCUAAAAAGGGAGCUGCUACCUCAAAGCGCCCAGAUGGCACCUUUGAGGGAGACCCAAAACUAAUGGGUACCGGAAAGGGUGUAAAAGCUAUUCUUGGUGGAUUGGAGGAGCUUUGGGAUCAAUCACAGUACACUGAGGAGUACAAUAUAAACCAGUUCUUAGCAAAGCUCAAUGGCUGACGUUGAGAUCCUAAACGUCCUAUGUCAACUGGAGAAGAAGCUUUUAGAUCAAAUGUACCCUGAGGAUUUCAACCAAGACUGGUACAGUGCAGCUAAGUGAACAGAUUUAUGCCUGGCCCUUUUGCCCGUACAAAUUGUGUAUAUAAUCUUAUUUAGGACCAAAAUUUUGGCAUUCUUAGGUGUAGCUACAUUUCUUUUCGUUUUAUCCACCGCAUAUAUUUAUACGUUUCUCUUUUUCUGAUCUUGUCUUCCCCCAGAAUUUUGCCUGCCUGUCUGUUCUAUUGAGGCUGGGAGAGAAUCUAUUUUUAAGCGGUUGGUCCUGAGCCAUACAUUAGAGAGGGAGAGAGGAUUGAGAAUUGUAAAGCCCGGAUGUUGUAUAGACCUUUUUCUUUUAAUUUAAAGAAAAUUUUUAUUUCCAA